AUGGUAAACAUUGCAUUGUACGCCAUACUAUCAAGAGCUAAACCAGUUUCAUCUGAGGGAGUAAAAAGGUCUGCAUCAGAUAAAAAGAUCCCGAAAUUAGAGGAGUUCUUAGAGAAACGCGACUAUACAGGCGCUUUAACACUUUUGGAAUUCAACAAUGCUUCAGAAAGUAACAUAAACUCUGAGCUAUGGAUGGGCUACUGUGCCUUUCACUUAGGAGAUUACAAACGUGCAGCAACAAUUUACGAAAAUUUGACAAAAAAAGAACAAGUACCAGCAGAUUUGUCAACGAAUUUAGCAUGUUGUUAUUUCUUGCUUGGAAUGUACCCUGAGUCACAAAAAAUUCUGGAGGAUGCUCCACAUAGUAAAUUAAAGAACAGACUCUUAUUUCAUCUGGCACAUAAAAUGAGCAAUGAAGCAAAAUUAAUGGAAUACCACCACAUGCUGGAAGAUGUAAUAGAAGAUCAACUUAGUUUAGCUUCUAUUCACUACCUCAGAGCUCAUUACCAAGAAGCUAUUGAUGUUUAUAAAAAGAUUCUACUAGAGAACAGAGAAUAUUUUGCAUUAAAUGUAUAUGUUGCCUUGUGUUACUACAAAUUGGAUUACUAUGAUGUAGCUCAAGAAGUUCUCCAAGUUUACCUACAAAAGUACCCUGAUAGUGCUAUUGCCAUCAAUCUGAAAGCAUGCAAUCAUUUUCGUUUAUACAAUGGCACUGCUGCACAAAAUGAAAUGAAACAACUAAUAGAAAAAAUGUCCAGCUCUUUCAGCUAUGAUCUUAUAAGGCACAACACAAUAGUAUUUAAAGGUGGAGAAGGUGCAUUGCAAAUUUUGCCAAAUUUAGUGGAUGUUAUACCAGAAGCCAGGCUGAAUCUAGUAAUUUAUUAUUUGAAACAAGAUGAUGUGAGGGAAGCAUUUGAAUUAAUCAAAGAUCUUGAACCAGCUGUUCCACAGGAAUACAUUUUAAAGGGAAUAGUUAAUGCAGUAAUGGGACAAGAAACGAAUUCCCGUGAUAACAUUAAGACGGCUCAACAGUAUUUCCAAUUAGUGGGUUCUUCUGCAUCAGAAUGCGACACCAUACCUGGUAGACAGUGUAUGGCUUCUUGUUUCUUUCUUUUUCGACAAUUCGAGGAAGUUCUGGUCUAUCUAAAUUCCAUUAAAACUUACUUCUCUAAUGAAGAUAACUUUAACUUUAAUUAUGCUCAAGCGCAAGCUGCAGCAGGCUACUUCAAAGAGGCGGAGGAGGCAUUUUUAAACAUACGAAACGAGAAAUAUAAAAAUGAUUACAUUUACAUUAGUCUUCUAGCCCAUUGCUAUAUAAUGAACAAGAAGCCUCAGCUCGCCUGGGAUUUGUACUUGAAAAUGGACACAACUACAGAAUCGUUUAAUUUACUCCAAUUAAUCGCCAAUGACUGUUACAAAGUCGGUGAAUUUUGGUAUGCAGCCAAAGCGUUCGACAUGCUUGAACGAAUGGAUCCAAGUCCCGAAAAUUGGGAGGGUAAAAGGGGUGCUUGUUGCGGCACGUUUCAAUACAUCGUGGCCGACAGGCAACCGAAAGAAUUGUUACCCGAAAUCAUACAACUUCUGAAGAACACUUCGAACUCACAAGUGGAACAGAUCAUUCGAGUGAUGCGCAAGUGGGGCAAAGAUAACAGAAUUAAUUGCUGAUGACACGAGUCGAGCGGACAGGAAUUGAACCUUAUCGUUAAUCUUCAAAAGUGGCCUUAUCUCACAGCAAACAGCCGUGGAUUAUUA